AUGUCCUGCCGUAGGCGUCGAGGAUAUUGCGUCGUCCGUCGGUAUUUCGGGUUCGGCACUCAUCGGCAUUUUCCGAACAAGUAUGCGAUGUUCCGCCACGCGGCACUGGAAUUGACCGACGCGCUCGAGAGUGCACUCGAUGCGGUCUCCGUCGCCGCCGAUGCAACGACCGGGAGUGCCUCGCGAGGAUUUGCUCGCUGUGAUCCGAACGACGGCAGCUGCUGUCAAUCGCCGAGUUGCACUGCAUCUUUCACGCUCCGAACCGCCGGCGAUACUCGUGCCGAAACCAUCCUCACCUCAGCGAUGUUCAGCGUGAUCGGCAGCAUCACCGCUCACAAUCUGAUACUGCCCCAACGUCGGAUGGAGCAAGUUCUUCUCGACGCUUGUCUGUCGAUCGAACACGGUGGGGAGUGCAAUUACAUCGCGGCGGUCGGAGCAAACUGUGUCGACGCGUAUCGAAGAGAUCGCAGCCGCUGCGGGUUUGAACGCUUCCGGGAUGUACCGCUACUUUCCGAGCAAAGCCGGAACUUCUCGGGCGGUGUUCUAUCGAGCGGCAGACCGUCUGGACCUCGCGACGGCAGCGUGUUCGAGUCUGCGACGUCGCCGGAGGAAGCGCUGCGCGCACUGUCGGCGAUGUACGUGGAGUUAGUCAUGAACAACCUUCUGCCGGGACAUCGAAGCGAUCUGAAGAAUCGGCAGAAGCUGUACGUGGUCGAGUGGGCGCGGAUACUUCGCGAAAUUCGCCCCGACCUUUCGGCGAUAGAGGCGAAGUUCUGGUUCACGCUGCUU